AUGCUGGGGCGUUGUCUUACUGGCUUUCGUCACUCGUCACUGAGGCAACAUUGGAGGUCUUUUUCAGAUUCUGGUGUAAUUUUCUCAUCCGAUAUUAAUCAGAUAACACUGCUCGGUUCUGUUGCCUCAUCCGGGGUCGCGAUAGAGAAAUCUCAAUCGGGACGGCCCACCGCCACGUUCAGCCUCCUAACUCGCGCUAGGUACCGUGGUGCUGAUCGCUACAAGAUGAAGCUUGUCUAUCACAGAAUUCAAGUUUUUGACAAACCACUGAUAGAACGAAUCAAGAAUGUCUCUUUGGGUGACCGCGUGUUUGUGCAGGGUUGUCUAUCGUCCUUCAAGAAGAGCACCAAUGAUUGGAUGCAAGCUAUCACUGCGCAGAAUAUCAUCCUCCAUUCUGAGGCUGGAAGACAGUCCGCCAAGGAAUCAGUGAUGGGAGAAGUAGGUGAGGAGGAGAAAGAGGGUACGGCAGGCGAGAGCUUUUAA